CAGGGUCUCACCGCGACCACAAACUUGACCAGAUCCUGAUUUCGAACAAGAACGAUCGCCCCCUCCUCAAACUGCUUGUACAAUCCUCAGAUCUGUUGGGUAGAGCGCAGCGCUCCCUCCAUACAUCAUGCCUUUGACGGCGACGGAGGCUUGGGUACGAUUGACAGGAAGAGAGGUUGACUUCUGGCUAACCCAGAGGACGAAGGAAGAACUGGUCAAGAGAGUGAACAUACCCAUAAACAGUACAACGCCUCCCGCACUGAUACAGGCCAUCCAACAUGAUCCUUUCAACCAAGCUGGAAAGUAUGGAUUACUCUUCGUCUACGUCGGUAUCAUCCUGGUGGUAUCUGCAACUCUGAUGCGAUUAUACUACUACUGGGGCGACAAGAUCCGAACCGCCCUGUACAAGGAAGAGGUCAUCAACUCGGCUUCAGCAGCGAGCCCAUACACAAACCCCUCACCCAUGUACGGCUAUGUCGACUAUGAACUACCUAGCGCAACUACCGUUCAAACGGAAGGCUCUUCAAGACAUUUCUUCCCCGCCAAGGGGCCUCUGAUCGCAGAGAAACAGCCACAUCAAGCAGCCGUAUCCGCCAUAGCGCCUCUGAACAACACUGUCGCCUUCUUCAGAUGGAUCUUCUACCGCCCGAUACCGGCGCUACGGAUUGGCAGGUACAAAUUCACCUUUCCAUCCUUGGGAGCUAUCGUCAUUGUCACGAUCUGCUUGACAGCUUCCCUACUAUACUGUUUCCUGCCAAGUCCGCUGUUCUAUGCCUCCAUGUCAUAUGGUUCACCUCCACUGGCGGUUCGAGCAGGCAUGAUGUCCAUAUCCCUGGUGCCAUGGUGUGUUGUAUUGGCCACCAAGGCAAACCCGGUCUCCCUGUUGACGGGGAUUGGUCAUGAUCGGCUUAUCGUCUUGCACCGAUGGACAGCCUACCUUUGCUCGAUAUUUGCAGUCAUCCAUGCAGUUCCAUACUGGUACCAGUCAAUCAAGGACCCGGCGGGAUUUGCCACGUUCAAGUUGUACUUCAGCCAGCAAUACUACAUUUAUACUACCGGCAUUGCAGCAAUCGCACCAUUGAUCUUCCUCACACUUCACUCCCUGCCAAUACUUCGAGCCAAGAUGUACGAGCUGUUUGCCAUCUUACACAUUCCAGUUGCGUGGGCCUUCAUUGGCCUUUUGUUCUGGCAUUGCAACAACUAUCUGAGAUCCUGGGCGUAUCUAUACUCCACGGUUGUGCUGAUGGUCGUCUCACUCUUGGCGCGACUAUUCUUCCUGAACUGGACAAAUCCCUUCCGAUCUUCUUGGCUUAUUGGAGAAGAGUCUGCUAUAACGAUUUUGCCCGAGAAUGCCAUUAAAGUCACCAUCCCAACUCAAAAGAGAUGGCGACCGGGCCAGUAUGCAUACUUGAGAAUGCCAGGUAUUGCAGCACUGGAAAAUCAUCCAUUCACGAUUGCCUCCUUAUGCAGCAAGGACUUCCCUUCUCAAUAUGGUGAACAAUAUCGAGAUAUGACCUUGGUCUUCCGACCUUUUAGUGGUUUUACUCGCAAAGCGCUUGAAACCGCCGUCCAAAAGGGCCUAUACAAGACGUACAGAGCUUUCGUGGAGGGUCCUUAUGGAGGCAUGCAACGGCAGAUGGCCUCAUUCGACCAGGUCGUCUUCUUCGCUGGUGGUAGUGGCAUCACUGCCAUCGCCAGCCAGCUCUUGGACUUGAUCAAGCGAAUGCGCGACGGCAAAGCAACAACCACAAAGGUCCAUGUCAUCUGGGCCAUGAAACGUCCCGACAUCAUGGAAUGGUUCAAGGAAGAACUGCGUAUCUGCAGAGAAUGUGCACCUCCCGGGUCAGUACAAUGCCAUUUCUAUAUCACAGCCACCACGCGGUACGAGACGCUUCCCGAAGCCAAAGAGCACCGUCUCAGCGGCAUUCGCGACAAAAUCACCGAAGCCAUCCAUAACCCCGGGAGCAAGCGUAGUUCGGCAAUGAUGAACAUGGACCAAGAGCCCGAACUCAAGCGAGAGUUCGAGGAUCAGAUUACCGCCCUCCCACAAGCAUACCUCGCACCACCACGGCACAUGGCUGACUCCCAGGCCCAAACAUACUUCCCUCCACCGCCAACGAAACCGGGCAAGGGCCCGUCCGCAGCACCGCAAGCUCGAGAUCGAGCUUCUCAGGAUAUGUCGACCCUGUCACAAGCGCAAAUCGAAGCAACACGCUCCUUCGACUUCGGCUUCCCCCAAACCCCGACCAAGUUCCAGAAGAAUCUCAUGCGCUUCGCCUUCCUUCCUACAAGUGUCACUGCCAACAAGCGCGACGGCUGGCGCACCGAAUAUGGCCGCCCGGAUAUCCCGUACAUGCUAAAGGGGUUGAGCAAGGAAUUCGGUCGUCGUACGUGUGUGUACGUCUGUGGACCGCCGGAGAUGCGGACAGAUGUGGCGAGCACAGUCGCACGCCUGCAACGCGAUGUCUGGACCGAUAGCGGCAAGGACGAGAUUUUCUUGUAUGCUGAGAAUUAUGCUAUCUAGACUUGGCCGCUUCUUCAGCGUUGUACAAAUUGGCAAGCGUGGUGUUUGGGGGUCAAUGUGCACAUACUCUGGUCGGGAUCAACCACAGUGGGAAUGGCUGGGGACUUGGAUUGGCAGGAAAGGGCUCAUGACUGGAUGAGGAACGCUUGUCCUCCUCUCUACGCGACAAAAAUCUCGGAUAUUGUCUUUCUUUCGAUGCGUUGAACUGUGAGGCGGAGUCGUUCAACUCGCCUUUGUGCUUACACUUGGAUACCCUCUUCUGCUUU